AGGUGAUCCGCCUGCCUCGGCCUCCCAAAGUGCCAGGAUUAUAGGCAUGAGCUACCAUGCCCAGCCGGUGUAGUAUUUUUAAAUUUUACUUAAUACUGAGCCAUUUUCAAAUAACCUCAUCACGUUAUGACCUCAUGCAAGAACCAUCUGUUCUAUCUUUCAGUGUAGUUGUACUUUAAUAUCUUAGAAGCUAUUGCAUUCUGUCCUGUUUUGGAAUGUUUUAUGCUUUUGCAGUCUUAACCAUUGCUUCUUAAUAUCACUUCCGAGGAAUAGCUGGUGCAAACAACAUGUGAUAAGAAAUGGAAAACAAUUGAUGAUGGAAACAGAGAUUUGGGGUUAAUUGCAUUCUUAAAAUAUUAUGAUGUUCUUUCUAAUAAAAUGUACAUUUCACAUAAUUUUCCACUUUCAGAAGUAACCAUGGUUAAUCAUUCUUUAAACCAGGUUCGUUUCCAACAAAAGAAAUGAAAUAAUAACUAAAUUCUAACCAUAGUAAUCAUGUAAUAUUAAAGAUAUUAUUUAUGGGAUUAGUUGAAAGCCCUCUUUAUCUUGCUUAGGGGUUUCCAAUAAUCAAAUCAGUGCUGGACUUUUUUUUUUUUUAAAGGCAUGGCUGCCCCCCCGUUAAUAAUAUAUUUAAUUAAAAGCUUUACAAAAUGAUCCUAAUAUACUUGAAAUACUUAGAGGGCUGCAGUUUAUAAAAUCAAGAGUCUGCCUUGUUGCUGUUUCAUUUUUUUUUUUACCAUAACCCUCAGAAAGAAUACAAUUGACAUCACAGUCCUAUAUAUAAAUGUGUGUUUAUGUGUGCCAUUGUAAACAUCACUGCACUAGGUGGCAAUCUUCACUACUAUUCAUUUGUAUAUGUGUAGUCAACCAACGAAAGGAAACAUUAGAAACAGGGUAGGAAUGUUGAAACUUAGAACUGGAAGUUGCCAGAGAAAAUACGUGCCCUGGCCAACUCCACAGGACUGGUUCUAGGCAAUCUGAAGGAAACCAGAAAAUGUGAAUCUCUCUUCCCUCAAAAAGCUAUACUGAAGUAGUAUUUAAUAUUCAAGUACUUGUAAAUUUGCAGAACAGUACUUUUUAAUUUGACCCAUGAAUUCUGUUUAAAUUUGUCACUUAAUAUUUAGCCAAGAAGCAAACCAUCUAAAAAGAUUUCUAAUUUAUUUCUCCAACUCCUAAUAAAUAGGGUGACAUAUUUUUUAACUUUUUUCUAAUUUGAAAAGUAUACAGGUAUGUGGUAUUUUAAAAAUGAAACAACACAAAGGGAUAUGUUUUGAAAAGUGGUUCUUGCCAUCCCUGAACUAUAAUCAUCCCUAACAUAUUCAUACCUGUUUUCAUUUUAAAACUUGCAUCCGUUUUUUUAUUAGUACCUGUAUUUCUAUCCUACUGAUUUAUUUGCGAUAUCAUCUAAUUUAGUUUCAAUAUUGCAUAAUUUACUUAAUUAGUCCUCCAUGGAGACCUGGCUCUUCUCAGUGUCUUACUAUUGUAAACAAUGUUACAGUGAAUAUUGUUGUAUAUAAAUCCAUACACACCACAUAACAUAUCUUAAAUUCCUGGAAGAGAUAUUGCUAAACCAGAAGAUAACCUGCAUUUAAAAUUUUGACUGCUAGGGUCAGGGUCACAUUUAAAUGAAAUUAGAACAAAGGAAUUGCCUAAUUUUCUUUGAUAGCAAUCUAUUCCAGUAUGCACCGUGAGUCACAAAGGAAAGCAAAACUGUCAAGAACUUUCUUCUCGGACUUUUGGUUUAAUGUGUUCUGAUGGGUUAAUAAUUUGCCUCAUUUCUCUUCAUAAUAAUGACCUUAAGAAUAUAUGUACCCCACUCUUUCCAGAAUUAACCACAACUUUUCACAGUAACUGAAUCAAUGCCACAAUGGUACAUUCAACCAGUGGGGCUUCAGGAUGUGAAAUAGACAAUAUUAGUUCUGGGUCACUGUUACUACCAAAUACUUUCUUGACCCUUUAAGUCUGUAUAUUUUUAUCUGUAAAGUGACAUCCAUAGAUGUCACUGUACACUUCAUAGAAAUGAGUACACAGAAUAAUACUCAUGGCAGAGCUGGGUGCGGUGGCUCAUGCCUAUAGUCCCAGCACUUUGGGAGGCUGAGGCAGGCAGAUCACUUGAACCUGGGAGGCAGAGGUUGCAGUGAGCCGAUAUCUCGCCUCUGCACUCCAGCCAGGGUGACAGAGCAAGACCCUGUCUCAAAAAAAAAAAAGGAAUAAUACUUAUGGCACCACUGGCCACACUGUAAAAUUCAGGUUCAGAAAAACAGGAUAAGUCACAGACAGCAACCCUUCCAGCAUUUAUUUUCUUUGCAUCCAUAUGCAAUUUGAGAAAAUUUACUUUUAGAAAGAACUCUGUUAAAGGUACAGACAAUACAGUACUUUUUAUUCAGAAGGUUUCUGCAUAAAGGUGAUAGUCUUUUGACUUAAUAUAUUCUUGUCUCCUACGUUGUGUUUUUGGAAUGAAUUAAGAUUAUGAUUUAGAGGAUAAUAAUCUGGGUUAUAUUUGUGUCGUCAGAUUGAAUUUUCAUUGCACAUGCUACAUAAUGUCAAUUAUUAUAACCAAAUAAUAACAAAGGGAAAGAAAACCAAAUAUGGAUAUAAUAAGGAAAAGCUGGCCUAUAGAAAAUACCAAACCAGGUAACAGUAGCAAAGUUUAAGCCAAUUUUGUUUUUAAAAUGUCAUGUACGUGGAAAAACAUUUAACUUUAGUUUUCUUUGGGUGGUGGUUAAAAGUUAUAAGUGAUUAAAAGUUGUUUUCUUUUUCUACAAUGAACAUGAUGUGACCUUGCAAUUUAAAAAGCCAACGCCCUUUUUAGAAAGGUAUGUCUAUCAGUAUUCCUCCAACUUCAUUUUCUCUCGUUUCUUCCUCCCUCACUUUUCUAAGUUUUCCUUCAUUAACCUCAUUUUUCUUUAGCUUGUUUGCAUGCUUCCUUGCUUUUGUUUUUUUGUUUUUCCUGGGUAUGAUAGAGAAUUAGUCGCACUCUCCAAGUAUGUAAAUCAAGGAGUGAAUUUUCAAGUAGACAAAAAUGAUUUACAGCAUCCCUGCGUUCUCGACCCAUCUCUGCAUUUGUUAGCUCUUGUUUUUAGCUGGGAAAAAGCCAGUUACCACCAUUUUAACAUUUCAGGUGUUCUUGAUUCAUUUUGAAAAGCUAACUGAUUAAAGAAAUAAGGAUAAUCCUCCAUGAAUUAUCCUGAACUGACUUAUAAUAUAUUGUUUGAAUCCCUGUUAUGAGCUUCUGUUUCUUUAACAAUAUUUUGUAAAGUGUGUUUCACAUAACAGCAGAUAAUCACCAGAAUGGGAGUGAAUGACUUGUGGCAAAUUUUGGAGCCUGUUAAGCAACACAUUCCCUUGCGUAAUCUUGGUGGGAAAACCAUUGCAGUUGAUCUGAGUCUCUGGGUGUGUGAGGCACAGACAGUCAAAAAAAUGAUGGGCAGCGUCGUGAAGCCCCACCUCAGGAACUUAUUUUUUCGUAUCUCAUAUUUAACACAAAUGGAUGUAAAACUGGUGUUUGUUAUGGAAGGGGAACCACCAAAGCUGAAAGCUGAUGUCAUAAGCAAGAGGAAUCAGACUCGGUAUGGGUCUUCUGGAAAAUCGUGGUCUCAGAAAACAGGGAGAUCACAUUUUAAAUCAGUCUUAAGAGAGUGCCUCGAUAUGCUCGAAUGCUUAGGAAUCCCCUGGGUUCAGGCUGCCGGGGAAGCUGAAGCCAUGUGUGCUUAUCUCAAUGCUGGUGGUCAUGUCGAUGGCUGCCUCACCAAUGAUGGCGAUACUUUCCUUUAUGGGGCCCAGACUGUUUACAGGAAUUUCACUAUGAAUACAAAGGACCCACAUGUUGACUGUUACACAAUGUCAACUAUCAAGAGUAAACUAGGUUUGGACAGAGAUGCUCUGGUUGGAUUAGCAAUACUUCUUGGUUGUGAUUAUCUCCCAAAGGGAGUCCCUGGAGUUGGAAAAGAGCAAGCAUUAAAACUUAUACAGAUUUUGAAAGGGCAAAGUUUACUUCAGAGGUUUAAUCGGUGGAAUGAAACAUCUUGUAACUCUAGUCCACAACCGCUAGUCACUAAAAAGCUGGCUCAUUGUUCUGUAUGUUCCCAUCCAGGUUCACCUAAGGAUCAUGAACGUAAUGGAUGCAGAUUAUGUAAAAGUGAUAAAUAUUGUGAGCCACAUGACUAUGAAUACUGCUGCCCUUGUGAUUGGCACCGCACAGAACAUGAUAGGCAACUCAGUGAAGUAGAGAACAAUAUGAAGAAGAAAGCUUGCAGUUGUGAGGGAUUCCCAUUCCAUGAGGUUAUUCAAGAAUUCCUUUUAAACAAGGAUAAAUUGGUGAAGGUUAUCAGGUACCAAAGACCUGAUUUGUUGUUGUUUCAGAGAUUUACUCUUGAAAAAAUGGAGUGGCCCAAUCACUAUGCAUGUGAGAAAUUGCUGGUACUUUUGACCCGUUACGACAUGAUAGAAAGAAAGCUUGGUAGCAGAAACUCUAAUCAACUACAACCAAUUCGAAUUGUUAAGACUCGAAUCAGAAAUGGAGUUCAUUGUUUUGAAAUAGAAUGGGAAAAGCCUGAACAUUAUGCUAUGGAAGAUAAACAACAUGGAGAAUUUGCUCUGCUAACAAUAGAAGAAGAAUCAUUGUUUGAAGCAGCAUAUCCUGAGAUCGUUGCUAUUUACCAAAAACAAAAGUUAGAAAUUAAAGGGAAGAAACAAAAACGUAUUAAGCCUAAAGAAAAUAAUUUGCCAGAACCAGAUGAAGUAAUGAGCUUUCAGUCACACAUGACUUUAAAACCCACAUGUGAAAUCUUUCAUAAGCAGAAUUCCAAGUUAAAGUUGGGGAUUUCCCCUGAUUCUGCAUUACCACAGGAAUCUAUAUCUGCCUCGCUGAAUAGCUUGCUUUUACCUAAAACUACUCCAUGUUUGAAUGUACAAGAACAGUUCAUGUCUUCUCCAAGACCUUUGGCUAUACAGAUUAAAGCUGUCAGUAAGUCUCUAAUUUCAGAAUCUAGUCAACCCAGUACCUCAUCUCGUAAUAUAUCUGUGAUUGCUGAUCUACACUUGAGCACUAUUGACUGGGAAGGUACAUCUUUUAGUACUUCUCCAGCUAUUCAAAGGAAUACUUUUUCUCACGGUUUAAAAUCAGAAGUUGAAUCAGAGCUAUCAGCCAUCCCUGGUGGCUUUGAAAAUAUCCCAGAACAACUGUCAUGUGAAUCAGAAAGGUAUACUGCAAACAUACAGAAAGUGUUGGAUGAGGAUUCUGAUAGGAUUAGUCCUGAAGAGCAUCUACUUUCUGGCAUUACUGAUUUAUGUCUUCAGGAUUUGCCUUUAAAGGAACGAAUAUUUAUAAAAUCAUCAUAUCCUCAGGAUAGUCUACAACCAGAUGUCAACCUGAAAACUUUGUCCAUACUUAGUGUAAAAGAACCUUAUAUUGCUAACAGUGGUUCUGAUUGUACAUCACAUCUUUCAAAGGAUCUUCCAGGAAUUCCCUUGCAAAAUGAAUCCAGAGACUCUAAAGUUCUAAAAGGAGACCAGCUGCUUCAGGAAAACUAUAAAGUCAAUACUUCUGCACCUUAUUCUAUCAGUAACACAGUAGUAAAGACCUGCAAUGUUAGACCACCAAAUACUGCUUUAGAUCAUAGUAGAAAAGUUGAUAUGCAAACCACUCAGAAAAUUUUAAUGAAGAAGAGUGUUUGCCUUAACAGACAUUCCUCUGAUGAACAAAGUGCCCCAGUGUUUGGGAGAGCUAAGUACACAACUCAAAGAAUGAAGCACAGUUCUCAAAAGCAAAAUACAACCCAGUUCAAAGAAAGUGGCCACAACAAGUUGGGUAGCCCUAAGAUACAUAUUAAAGAAAGUGAACAGUGUGUCAGAUCUUAUAAAACAGCUGAAAAUGAAGAAAGCUGUUUCCCAGAUUCAGCAAAAAGUUCUUUGAGUUCUCUACAAUGUCAUAAGAAAGAAACCAACUCUGUUACUUGUUUGGAUAGUCCUCUUCCUUUACGCCAGAGAUUAAAACUAAGAUUCCAAAGCACUUGAAAGGAACUUUAAAACACUUAAGUAUAACUUAUUAUUUUAGUUCUUCAGCAAUAGCAGAGACAGAGGGAAGGUAUCUAUUUCAUGUGUGGUAAAAAUUUUAAUGUUCUCUAUGUCAUGAAACACCAUUUUAAUCAAAAUUGUGAUUUUAAAAAUGUCACCUAAAACUCGGGUUUUAAAAGAUCCUCUGUAUUGAAAACUUCUGAUAAUGCAUGUCAUUAUUAUGUCCUUAUUAUUCCUUAAUUGUGGUUUUAAAAUAUUGGUAUAGUACUUGACAGAGUAAAUGCUUCAUCUCUUUGUUCAUUUUUACUUUUUCUUCCACAAGCCUCUAAAGUAUUUAUAUUCCAGCUUGUUCCCAAGAGGAUAAUUCUUUAUACUUCUCUGCAUUCUUUUAAGGCCUUGCAAGGUCUUCCGUUAUAACUCUCUUUCCUAAGAGUUAUUUUCUCCCUAAGUGUGAAGAUACCUUUAGUGUGCUCUUUCACAUUGGAAGGCCUUGGAAGUCUUCCAUUAUAACUCUUUGCUGAGAGUUAUAUUCUCCCUCAGUGUGAAGCUACCUUUAGUGUGCUCUUCCACUUUUGGUGUCUUAGUCUCUUUUUUGAGGGGCAAAAAGAAAAGGAGAGAAGAUGUCAGUAUGUUUAGUAAAAAUCAUGCUUGUAAUGGCUGAAUAAACUGAGCAAAGCCCAGAAGUUCACACGUAUAUCAAGUGGAAGAAGAUUUGGAAAAUCAAAUGUAUUUCUAAUCCAAAAGGAUUAGAAACUUGCCCAGGAUCACAUAGCUAACUAAUAAUCCUGUGGGAAUCAGUUUUCUUGCCUGCUAAUUUUUUUAUUUUUCUAUUUUUUCCUUCUGUAUCACUUUUCCCCCUUUUGUUUUAAAUCUAUGCAAUAUUGACUUUAAUACCACCAAAUAUUAAAUCUUGCAUUAAUUUAGGUCGCACUCAAAAAUUCUAGAGAAGUAUCCAGAUUGAAGAGGAAAAUUGUCUCUGCAGAUGACAAGAUUGUAUGUAUCAAAAAUUCUAAGAAAUCUACUAGAAAACUAUUAAAACUGAUAAAAUGAGUUCAUCAAGGUUGUAGAAUACAAGACCAAUUGUGCAGUGAUCAUUGUAUUUUGUUUGUGUUUGUUUGUUUGUUUUUUGAGACGGAGUCUCACUCUGUUGUCAAGACUGGGGUGUAGUGGCGCCGUCUUGGCUCACUGCAACCUCUGCCUCCCAGGUUCACACGAUUCUCGUGCCUCAGCCACCUGAGUAGCAGGAAUUACAGGUGUGUGCCACCAUGCCUGGCUAAUUUUUAGUAUUUUUAGUAGAGAUGGGAUUUUCCCAUGUUGGUCAGGCUAGUCAACUCCUAGCCUCAAGGAUCCACCCAUCUCGGCCUCCCAGAGUGCUGGGAUUACAGGUGUGAGCCACCAUACCCAGCCUUAACUAUAUUUCUGUACACCUCUAAAUAAAUGGAAAUACAUUCCAUGUUGAUGAAUCAGAAGACAUAAGAUGACAAUACUCCCCAAACUGAUCUACAGGUUAAAUGUAAUUCCUAUUAAUUCCAGCUGGUUUCUUUGCUGAUUAUAAAAUUCAUAUGGAAAUUUCAGAAACACAAGAAGAAUCUCGAAAAAAUUUGAAUGACUCACCCUUCCUGAUUUUAAGUAUAUAAACUACAGUAAUGAAGAAUGUGUUGUACUGGUAUAAAGGUAGACGUAUAGGUCAACAUAGAUCAAUGGCAUAGAAUUGAGAGUUCAGAAAAAAGCCCUCACAUUUAUGGUCAGUUGAUUUUAAACCAGAGUGCCAAGACAAUUCAAUGGGAAAACACAACUGUCUUUGAACCAACUGUCUUCUGGAUCUAUUGGAUAUCUACGUAAAAAAGAAUGACAUUUGAUUCCUACUUCACAUGAUAUUUAAAAAGUAACUUAAAAUGGAUCAAGGACCUAAAUGUAAGAGCUACAGCUAUAAAACAGAAGAAAACAUAGACAUAAGUCUGUGACUUUGGAUUAGGCAAGGAUUUCUUAAAUACACCCAAAACAUAGGCAACAAAAGAAAAUACACAAAGUGGACUUCAUCAAAACUAAAAACUUGUUUGAAAUGACACCAUCAAGAAAGUGAAAAGACAGCUUACAGAAUGGGAGAAAAUAUUUGCAAAUCAUAAAUGUGGUAAGGGACUUGUAUCUUAGAGGGAUGUAUAUAAAGAACUCAUAACUCAAUUAUAAAAAGACAACUUCAAAAUGGGCAAAAUAACAGGCAUUUCUCCAAAGAAGAAAUACAAAUGGCCAAUAAGCACAUUUAAAAUUGUUCAGUACUAUUAGUCAUCAGGAAAUUGCAAAUCAAAGCCACAAGACACCCAAUAGAAUGUCUGCAAUCAAAAAGAUAAUAACUAGUAUUGAUGAGGAUGUGGAGAAAUUGGAAUUCUCAUAACAUGCUGGUAGGAAUGUAAAAUGGGGCAGCCACUUUGGAAAAACUCUGGUAUUCAGAUGGUUAAAUGUAGAGUUAAUAUCCAGCAGUUCCACUCCCAGGUAUAUACCCAAGAGAAAUGAAAACAUACAUCCACAUAAAAACCUGUGCACAAAUGUCCAUAGCAUCAUUAUUCAUAAUAGCCAAAAAGUGGAAACAAUCCCAAUUCCAGAAUGAGGAAGGGGAAAAACUAAUGCGUAUUAGCUAUACCGUGUGCUAAGCAUUCAACUAGAUUCUUUACAAACCUUGUAUCGUCUCAACAGCUUUUUAAGGACUGUAUUGCAAUGUUUUGUAUAUUCAGAGAGAAAAAAAUCGUUGCUAAAACAUUCUUCCAAGGUUCUGCUUAUUUUGAUUUGUUCAGUCGUGGCUGUGAUAGCUUAGGACCAUCUAGACCAGGUAAAUAAAAUAUCUAGAGGCA